AUGACAAAAGCCCUGGAUGACGUGAUGCGUGGGGUUCCUGUGUACGCGGCUGCUAAGAAGUACAAAAUACCCCGCUCUACACUUCGGAGCAAGGUCAAAGGGAUCAACCCAAUAUCAAGAAAAAUGGGAGCCCGUACGGCUUUUACGGCCGAUGAGGAACUGAAAAUUGAGGAAUGGGUCCUUGAAUUAGCGAGAAAAGGAUUUCCCGUUUCGAAAGGAACCUUUUUAAUAAGCAUGCAAAGAUUAGCCGCUCAAUUAGGGAAGGACAUUUUCCGUGAUAGGGUUCCAUCCAAAAAGUGGUAUGGCAGUUUUAUGAGUAGACACCCUCGGAUUUCUAAUCGCGUUGCCCAAAAUUUAACAAAGAGCAGGAGCUCAAUAACAAACGAACAAUUAGACGGCUGGAAGAAUGACGUUUAUACGUAUUUAGAGGGAAACGGAUUGGCGAGCGUCUUGGAUAACCCCAAACGCGUAUUUAACGCUGAUGAGACAGCAUUUUUCUUGCAACCAAAAGCCGGAAAAGUUAUGGCUGAACGCGGUUGUAAAAAUAUUUAUCAAGCGGUUGGUAAUGACGAGAAAGAGUGCAUUACAGUUCUCUUUACGGGCAAUGCUAAUGGAGAUCUUGCACCACCCUUGGUAGUCUUCCGUUAUACACGUAUUCCGCUCCAUAUCACCGUAAAUGUGCCCACAUCAUGGGCUAUAGGAAAAAGUGAGCAGGGAUGGAUGACCUGCGCAAUUUUUUAUGAGUACAUUGGAAACCAGUUCAUUCCAUGGCUGGAAAAAGAAAAGAUAGUGCGGCCAGUACUAUUUUUUGUCGAUGGCCACGUUUCCCAUCUAUCUAUGGAGGUUAGUCAGCUUUGCAGCCAAAAUGACAUCGUUUUAGUGGCCUUAUACCCCAACGCUACCCAUUUGCUGCAACCGAUGGACGUCUCCGUAUUUCAUACGCUGAAAGCUUCGUGGAAGGAGAAAGCUUUACAACAUCGAUUAAGCGGUGGUGAAGUGUCAAAAAGUAAUUUUUGCGCCUUACUUGAUCAACUUUUAUUGGAUGUGUAUCGGCCAGAAAUUUUGGCAAAUGGGUUCAAAAAAUGUGGGUUAGUGCCCUGGAACCCUUUGGAAGUCACUGUUAGGCCUGCUGCGCCACCGAAGGCAACUGAACCCAAUACAGAAACUAAUUUGUGCUGUCCUAAUUGUAUUCCGUGGCUGAAGACAGUAAUCGGGGCAGAAAAAAAUGCUUCUUUUAGUGGGAAUAAAGAUUCCAUCCCUGUUACCGACCAUUCCCUGUACGAGCUAUGGAAGAAGGUGACAACAGGAUUAGAAAAAAAUACUGUGACUAUUUUGGAAGCCCCUUUAGCAAAUGCAGAGGAUCCUGUUGAAGACGGAAUGGAAAUUCCUGCUCCUUUGGAAGUUUCUGCUCCUUUAGAUCCUGUUGAAGAUGGAAUGGAAAUUCCUGUCCCUUUAGAAGUUUCUGUUCCUUUAGAUACUGUUGAAGACGGAAUGGAAGUUCCUGCUCCUUUGGAAGUUUCUGCUCCUUUAGAUCCUGUUGAAGAUGGAAUGGAAAUUCCUGUCCCUUUAGAAGUUUCUGUUCCUUUAGAUACUGUUGAAGACGGAAUGGAAGUUCCUGCUCCUUUGGAAGUUUCUGAUCCUUUAGAGGCUUCGGGAACUCCUAUUCUUUCUACAUCAUCUUAUAUCCCGUCGCCUUUUAAAAGAUGCCUUUUCUGGCCAAAGGAAAGUACGGUACCGAAAAAGAGAAGGUCGAAGGAAAAAAUCAGGAGUGGCAGGAGUAUCACCAGAAAAAGUUAA